AGAUGUCACUGGUCCUACCCAACAUAAUAUCUAUUUUGUGACAUUGGGAACAACCUUACAAAGUUUUGCAGGGUGAAGAGAGGUGUGUGACUUUUUAAAGCUUUACGCUAAUAUAGAAAUAUUGAACCUGAUAAAUGUGUAGAUAAGAAAAAUAAUAAGUCUUAACUGCUAUUUGUUAUUAUAAUUAAAUUAUCAAAAUGGCUGCACCUACAAGGAUAUUAAGUCGUUUAUUGGCUGAAGGAAUUAAAGUAAAACAACCUAUAAGAUUCAACAGUUAUGAAAGUACUAGGAAAAACCUAAAAUUAACUGCCCAAACCAAAGUAAUAUGCCAAGGUUUUACUGGGAAACAAGGAACGUUUCACAGUAAACAAGCAAUAGAAUAUGGAACAAGAAUGGUUGGAGGAGUAUCUCCUGGAAAAGGGGGUAAAACGCAUCUCGACUUGCCUGUUUUUAAUAGUGUAAAAGAGGCACGUGAUGCUACUGGAGCUGACGCAACUGUUAUUUAUGUUCCUCCACCUGGAGCUGCAGCAGCCAUUUUAGAAGCUAUAGAUGCAGAAGUCCCUCUCAUUGUAUGCAUAACAGAAGGAAUUCCUCAACAUGAUAUGGUACGAGUUAAGCACAAAUUAUUACGCCAAAGUAAAUCCAGACUUAUUGGACCAAACUGUCCAGGUAUCAUUGCUCCAGAGCAAUGUAAAAUAGGAAUUAUGCCGGGACAUAUUCAUCAGAAAGGUGUAAUUGGUGUUGUAUCUAGAUCAGGAACACUGACUUACGAAGCUGUUCACCAGACUACUCAAGUUGGUUUGGGGCAAACAUUGUGUGUUGGUAUUGGAGGAGAUCCGUUCAACGGAACUGAUUUUAUCGAUUGUUUGGAAGUUUUUUUAAAAGAUCCUGAAACAAAAGGUAUCAUUCUGAUUGGAGAAAUUGGAGGCGUUGCUGAAGAACAAGCUGCUGAGUAUCUAAUGAAACAUAACUCCGGAACAAAUGCAAAGCCGGUUGUAUCCUUUAUAGCUGGUCUUUCAGCUCCUCCAGGUCGUCGUAUGGGACAUGCAGGCGCUAUUAUUUCUGGAGGAAAAGGAGGUGCUCAAGAUAAAAUAAAUGCUUUAGAAAAAGCUGGAGUUAUAGUUACGAAGUCUCCAGCUCAAAUGGGAAACGAGUUGCUUAAAGAAAUGCGUCGUUUAGGAUUAGCAUAAGUGAAAAAAUAUAUUUAAGGGUACUUACUGUAUCAGCUGAAGUACAGCCUAUAAGUGUUGACUAUUUCCCCAACCUUUAUUGUGUAUUAAAUCUCCAAUAUAAAUAUUUUUAAUUUAUUUCAUUUUGACUUCCAGAUAAUUCCAGAUCUUUCAUUAUUAAAAUGCUACUAAAAAUUGGAAAAAUGCAAAACAAAGAUAACAGAAAUAAAUAUAUUUAUAAAAUAUAGAUAAAUUUGAAUACAUAUAGAAUAAUUAUCUUUGAUAACUAGAUAUCACAUAUUUCAUUCUGCCUAAUGUGAUAGCAGGCCAAAGUAAAAGGACAGAUCCUGUUAAGUACGUAAUUUUUGAACCAACACUCCAAAAUGCAAUACUUGCAAAAAUUGGCCCCACUGCUCUAGCUAAUGCUCCAAGGGACCGGAAUAUACCCAUAACAAUUCCUUUUUGUUGUUCUGAACCAUGUUCUGAUGCCAUGGUCAUUAUACUUGGAACUACCAUUGCUGUGGCUGCAACAUAAAAUAUACUUAGAAAAAUAGAAAUAUUUAUUUUCUAUUCAAAAAAUAAACUGGGUUCACUUUUUGGUUACUAUUGCCCAAGAUGGAAAAGAACGUAUAUUCUCUUUCAUAAUAUAUUAUGGCGAAAAAUAUUUGAAAUGUUUGAAUAUCAACUAUUAAAUCUCAAGAAAUUAUUGAUUGUACUAUGGCCUGCUAUAAAAAUUAUGCUGAGAUAUAAUGGGUUUGUAAGCACUCUGCGACUUAAAAGAUCUAUUGUGUCCCUCCUUGAGCUAGGUUAACAGAUAUGCAAAGGCUCUUCGUUCAGUCCCAUAGUAUUGAUGAUUGUUAUAAUCAUAAAUGCUUCAGAUAGGUUAGUUCUCUUUUUUCAAUCUCUGUCAAAGCUGUCAACUUUCUAGAUGUAUGCAGAAAUUAUGUAUUCAGAUGUUUCACCUUUUCCACAGAACGUGCAGUUUCCGGUUUUAUCUAUUUUUAUUCUCUUAAGUAGCAGUGUACAGUCAAUAACCCUGCGAGAAUGCGUAGGUCAUUCCUGCUAAAGUCGAUGUAUUAAUUCAUUCUUUCAUAGUCGCAAUUUCUGUGAACAGUAUCGAGUGUAUGUGAUUACUGUCAUGAUUUCACUGUCCAUCUGAGUUUCUGCUAGGUUCUCGUAGAACCAACUUAUUCUAGUCUUAUUCACUGGAUGUGUUUACCUAAUGUUCACAUCAGCUUCGAGAUGUGACCAUGUAUUUAAAAAAUUAAUAAAAUCCCACUGAUUUAAAUUAAUCAGUUGUCUGAAAUAUAUUGAAUAACUCCUGGAUCUUCCUGAAAAUAAAGAAUGUAUUAAAAAAGAAACCUUUUGACACCAUUUCUUGGUGUUGAGAAGGCCACUAGAGAACAGAACAGUCAUGGAUUCAUUGGGAUAAGUGCACGAUUUGCCAGGGUAGUACUUCAAAGGAAAUUAAUAUAAAUUUCAUGUUAUCUUUUUACUUUGUUGUUGUUAAUAAUUCAUUUUUUCUACACUUCAUAAAUUGGUUUCACAAUGUCUUCUCGCAAUUAUUAUUUGAAUCCACUUCAAAUCUCCUGUUUAUAUAUAGUCUUUAAGCUCUAUUCAUGUGUAGAAACAUAUAACUGAAGUCAUACUCACAUAUCGAGAACAGCAACAAUCCAAAAUAUAGAACAAAAUAUUCAAAUGCUAUUCCAACACAAAUGAAAGCCGGAACAGUCAACCAUAAUCCUUUCACAGCAAUUGAUUUUGUUUUUUGUGGAUGUAUUUUUCUAACAUAAAUACCCUGUAUCACAGCCAUUGUUAUACCUAAAAAAUGCAUUGGAAAAUACCUAAAGAUGUCAGACUAAAUCAUCUGAAAUCAAAUGUGAAUAAAUUGUUAUAAAAAUUUUAAAUGAAAAUUAUUAGUAAGUAGUUUCCCACCACAGUUUUUUGAGAGAUUUAUUAAAAAGUUGACGGUGAAAUUCAAAAUUUCUGAAAGAAUAUCAUAACUAAAUAAAAAAAAUAAUUUGGAGAUGUCAAAUAAGAAGAGGUGGAGUAUUCGUAAGGUUGAAGUUUAGGAGUGUGAAAUCUAGUAAAAUUUUGUAUUCUGGAAUAAACUUCAUG